AUGGCGUCGACGUGGCGCCGGAACCGCCUGAGCUUUCGCGAGAAAUUCGUCGACGCGUGCGACGUCGACGGCGUCGUCGUGCGGCAGUACGCGUCGAGCGAGGCGUUCGUCAAGGCGACCGGGACGACCGGGACGACCGGGACGACGACGCGCGACGACGACGACGACGACGACGACGACGACGCGGUGCCGGCGACGGGAUUCACGGUGUGGGACGCGAGCGUGCUGCUGGGAAAGUACGUCGGACGGGAGAGGACGUGGCGGCGGUUGACGAAGAAGGCGCGCGAGGACGCGCGCGGGCCGACGACGCUCGAGCUGGGCGCGGGCACGGGACUGGCGACGCUGCUCGUCGCGGCGGCGCGGGGAAGCGCGGAGGGAGAGGCGGGGAUGGUGUGCGCGAUGACGGAUUUAAAGCGGGUCGUGCCGCUGACGCGGAUGAACGCGCGGGCGAAUAAGGCGGAAAGCGGAGGGCGGAUACCGGCGAGCGUGGCGAUGGCGACGACGACGCUGCGGUGGGGACGCGCGGAGGACGUGGAGCGGUUGCCGGAGGCGAUUCGGCGGCCGGACGUGGUGCUGGGAGCGGAUUUGAUGUAUACCUCGGACGAAGGCGUGAUUCGCGCGCUGGCGGCGACGACGAUGGCGUUGGUGGGGCCGGGUCGCGCGGCGGUGUUCGCGGCGUGUAAAGAGCAUCGACCGGAGAGCGUCGAGUUGUUCGCGUCGAUCAUCGAGGCGAACGGUUUCGAGGUCACGCGCGUGCCGGCGUCCGAGGCGCAUCCCGAUUAUCCGGCGUCGAACGAGGAAUUCGAGCUGCUCGAGUGCUGGCGACCGCGACCGCGCGCCGACUAA